UGCAAUGUGCAGCGGAAAGCUGCUAUGUAGAAAUUGUAAGAAAAAUUGUGAAUUGCAUAGAAGAUCAAAAGUUACAUAUUGUAAAUGACAUGGCAAACAUGAAGAUAAAUUAUGUAAAACAAUUUACGAAAAAUACAAAAAUGCCUCAAGUGAGCCAAGGUUUAGAAGUCUGUGACUUAAAUGAACAGCUUUGCAUAGCGUCAAGAAACAGAGAUUAUAAUAAAGUUGAAAAGUUACUGAAAGAAGGAGCAGAUAUUACAGAAGGAUAUGAAAAAGAAUACGAUAAUAUUCGAGAGACUCUGCUUAUGACAGCGGCAGAGACGAAUGACGUAGAACUAUGUCAAGCUUUGUUACGUACCCAAAAUAUUAAUGUCAACAAAAGAAAUCUGUAUGGCAAUACUGCUCUUCAUGAAGCAUCAAAAAAUGGACAUGCACAGACAGUUGAAGUCUUAUUACAAAGAAAGGGGAUUGACGUGAAUAUAGAAAACACCUGGGGAUAUACUUCUCUUCUUUACGCGGCAUGGCGUAAUUAUGAGGAAGUAGUAAAAAAUUUAUUGGGUGUGCCAGAAAUUCUGGUCAAUAAAAAAGAUAAGUUUGGACAAACCGCUCUGCAUGGAGCAGCUGGUAGAGGUCAUUGGCAAAUUACAAAAUCUUUGCUCAACAUACCAGAAAUUUUGGUUAAUGAAAGAGAUAAUGUUCAAGGGUGUACUCCACUUCACUUGGCAGUAGAAUAUGGGCAUUCGGAUUCGGCUGAAUCUUUGUUGAAUCACCCGGACAUUGAUGUGAAUGUGAAAGAUCAGUUGGGACAAACUCCUCUACACGUGGCUGCGUACCAUGGUAAUUUGCAAUUGGUUGAAAUGUUGCUAAAAGCUGGUAUUAAUGUGAAGGAAAAAAGUAAUGCAGGACUUACAGCUGCACAAUGUGCAGCAGAGAAGUGUUAUGUAGAGAUAGUUGAAAAAAUAGUGAAUCAUAUAAGAGGUGUAGAAUUACAGUAUGUUAACGACAAUAUAACAAAAAAUAAAACUCAUGACGAGACACAAUCUCAGAAAACUCCAAAACUACCACAAGUGAACCAAGAUGUUGAAGCAAAUGCCAUAAAUACUCAGCUUCUGGAAGCUUCGAGGAAUGGCGAUUCAAAGAAGGUUGAAAAGUUGCUAAAAGCUGGUAUUAAUGUGAAAGAAAAAAUUAAUUUAUUACUCACGGCAGCAAAAUGUGCGGCAGAGAAAUGUUACAUAGAGAUAGUUGAAAAAAAAGUGAAUCAUAUAAGAGGUCUUGAAUUACAGUACGUUAUCAACAGUGUAACUAGUAAUAAAUCUCUUGACGAGACACAAUCUCAGAAGGCUUCAAAACUACCUCAAGUUAACCAAGAUGUUGAAGCAAAUGCAAUAAAUAUGCAAGCUUUGAAGAUUGGUGAUUCGAAGAAGGUUGAAAAGUUGCUCAGAGAUGGAGCAGAUAUUGCUGAAGAGUAUGUAAAGGAAUAUGAUGCUAAACGGCAGACUCUGCUUAUGAAAUCGGUGGAGACAAACAACGUAGAACUGUGUGAAGCUUUCAUCAGCGAUAUAACUAAUGUUAACACACAUGAGACAAAAUUUCAGAAAACAUCAAAAUUACCUCAAGUGAACCAAGAUGUUAAAGCAAAUGUAAUAAAUAUUCAGCUUCUGGAAGUUUCGAGGAUUGGUGAUUCAAAGAAGGUUGAAAAGUUGCUCGGAGAUGCAGCAGAUAUUGCUGAAGAUCAUGUAAAGGAAUACAAUGCUAACCGGCAGACUGUGCUUAUGAAAGCGGCAGAGACAAACAACGUAGAACUAUGUGAAGCUUUCAUCAGCGAUAUAACUAAUGCUAAAACACAUGAGACAAAAGCGCAGAUACCUCUAGUGAACCAAGAUGUCGAAGCAAAUGUAACAAAUAUUCAGCUUCUGGAAGCUUCAAGAAUUGGUGAUUCAAAGAAGGUUGAACAGUUGCUCAGUGAUGAUGAAAAUAUUGCUAAAGAGCAUGUAAAGGAAUACGAUGCUAACCGGCAGACUGUGCUUAUGAAAGCGGCAGAGACAAACAACGUAGAACUAUGUGAAGCUUUCAUCAGCGAUAUAACUAAUGCUAAAACACAUGAGACAAAAGCGCAGAUACCUCUAGUGAACCAAGAUGUCGAAGCAAAUGUAACAAAUAUUCAGCUUCUGGAAGCUUCAAGAAUUGGUGAUUCAAAGAAGGUUGAACAGUUGCUCAGUGAUGAUGAAAAUAUUGCUAAAGAGCAUGUAAAGGAAUACGAUGCUAACCGGCAGACUGUGCUUAUGAAAGCGGCAGAGACAAACAACGUAGAACUAUGUGAAGCUUUCAUCAGCGAUAUAACUAAUGCUAAAACACAUGAGACAAAAGCGCAGAUACCUCUAGUGAACCAAGAUGUCGAAGCAAAUGUAACAAAUAUUCAGCUUCUGGAAGCUUCAAGAAUUGGUGAUUCAAAGAAGGUUGAACAGUUGCUCAGUGAUGAUGAAAAUAUUGCUAAAGAGCAUGUAAAGGAAUACGAUGCUAACCGGCAGACUGUGCUUAUGAAAGCGGCAGAGACAAACAACGUAGAACUAUGUGAAGCUUUCAUCAGCGAUAUAACUAAUGCUAAAACACAUGAGACAAAAGCGCAGAUACCUCUAGUGAACCAAGAUGUCGAAGCAAAUGUAACAAAUAUUCAGCUUCUGGAAGCUUCAAGAAUUGGUGAUUCAAAGAAGGUUGAACAGUUGCUCAGUGAUGAUGAAAAUAUUGCUAAAGAUCAUGUAAAGGAAUACGAUGCUAACCGGCAGACUGUGCUUAUGAAAGCGGCAGAGACAAACAACGUAGAACUAUGUGAAGCUUUCAUCAGCGAUAUAACUAAUGCUAAAACACAUGAGACAAAAGCGCAGAUACCUCUAGUGAACCAAGAUGUCGAAGCAAAUGUAACAAAUAUUCAGCUUCUGGAAGCUUCAAGAAUUGGUGAUUCAAAGAAGGUUGAACAGUUGCUCAGUGAUGAUGAAAAUAUUGCUAAAGAGCAUGUAAAGGAAUACGAUGCUAACCGGCAGACUGUGCUUAUGAAAGCGGCAGAGACAAACAACGUAGAACUAUGUGAAGCUUUCAUCAGCGAUAUAACUAAUGCUAAAACACAUGAGACAAAAGCGCAGAUACCUCUAGUGAACCAAGAUGUCGAAGCAAAUGUAACAAAUAUUCAGCUUCUGGAAGCUUCAAGAAUUGGUGAUUCAAAGAAGGUUGAACAGUUGCUCAGUGAUGAUGAAAAUAUUGCUAAAGAGCAUGUAAAGGAAUACGAUGCUAACCGGCAGACUGUGCUUAUGAAAGCGGCAGAGACAAACAACGUAGAACUAUGUGAAGCUUUCAUCAGCGAUAUAACUAAUGCUAAAACACAUGAGACAAAAGCGCAGAUACCUCUAGUGAACCAAGAUGUCGAAGCAAAUGUAACAAAUAUUCAGCUUCUGGAAGCUUCAAGAAUUGGUGAUUCAAAGAAGGUUGAACAGUUGCUCAGUGAUGAUGAAAAUAUUGCUAAAGAGCAUGUAAAGGAAUACGAUGCUAACCGGCAGACUGUGCUUAUGAAAGCGGCAGAGACAAACAACGUAGAACUAUGUGAAGCUUUCAUCAGCGAUAUAACUAAUGCUAAAACACAUGAGACAAAAUCGCAGAAAACUUCAAAAUUUCCUCAAGUGAACCAAGAUGUUAAAGCAAAUGUAAUAAAUAUUCAGCUUCUGGAAGCUUCGAGGAUUGGUGAUUCAAAGAAGGUUGAAAAGUUGCUCAGAGAUGGAGCAGAUAUUGCCGAAGAUCAUGUAAAGGAAUACAAUGCUAUCCGGCAGACUCUGCUUAUGAAAUCGGCGGAGACAAACAACGUAGACCUAUGUGAAGCUUUCGUCAGCAAUAUAACUAAUGUUAAAACACAUGAUGGGACAAAAUUUCAGAAAACUUCAAAAUUACCUCAAGUGAACCAAGAUGUUAAAGCAAAUGUAAUAAAUAUUCAGCUUCUGGAAGCUUCGAGGAUUGGUGAUUCAAAGAAGGUUGAAAAGUUGCUCAGAGAUGGAGCAGAUAUUGCCGAAGAUCACGUAAAGGAAUACAAUGCUAUCCGGCAGACUCUGCUUAUGAAAUCGGCGGAGACAAAUGACACAGAAUUAUGUGAAGCCUUAUUACACACUCGAAAUAUUGAUGUAAACAAAGGAGAUCAUUAUGGCAAUACUGCACUUCAUGUUGCGUCCGAAAAGGGUCACGUAGAUAUAGUCGAACUCUUAUUGCAAAAAAGGGGAAUUGAUGUGAAUGCAGGAAAUAUCUACGGAAACACUUCUCUUAUUUAUGCAGCAAUGGCUAAUCAUGAAGAGGUAGUAGAGAAACUAUUAAGUGUACCAGGGAUUUUGGUCAAUAAAAAGGAUAACUCUGGACAAACCGCUCUGCAUGCGACGGCUGCUGGAGGUUUUAUAGAAGCCACAGAAUUGCUACUGAAAGCACCAGGAAUUUUGGUCAAUGAGAAAGAAGCUUUGCAUAGUAGUACUCCACUUCAUUUGGCAGUCUACUUUGGUUUUUCUGACCUGGCUGAAGCUUUGUUGAAUCACCGAGACAUUGAUGUGAACGCAAAAGACAAGUAUGGCAUAACUGCACUACAUACCUCGGCAUGCCACGGAAAUUUAAAAGUAGUUGAAAUGUUAUUAAAAGCUAGAGUUAAUGCAAAGGAAAAAUCAGCUCAAGGGCAUACUGCAGUGCAAUGGGCUGCAAAAAAUGGUCACACAAAUAUUGUCGAAACUAUUAUGAAUUACAUAAAAUGCACGGAGUUGCCUAAUGUAAAUCAGGGUGCGAAAAAUAGGAAAAUAUACGAACACAAAUCACAGUCUAUGAAGAGGAUAGAAAUACCAGAAGGAAAUCCAGAUAUCCUUGGGUGAUCUCCCAGAAUUCUUUUCAAAUUAAAAUCUUAAAAAGGUUCAGGCGAUCUUUAAUGAUUGAAAAAGUGCGGGGGCGGUCGCCCCCCUUCCCCCCCAAUCGCCGCCACUGAGAGCUACUAGUACUAUCUCUUGCAUCAAAACAGAGGAGUGGUUCACAUACCAUUUGUAAUGAUUAUCUCCAAAUUUUUAAUUUUGGCACGUACGUCCCUUUGC